AUGACCCACCAAACCCAUGCCUAUCAUAUAGUGAAUCCCAGCCCAUGACCUUUAACGGGAGCCAUAUCUGCUCUCCUACUUACAUCAGGACUUAUCAUAUGAUUUCACUUUAAUAGUUAUACUCUACUACUCUUAGGACUAUUAACUAAUCUAAUUUCUUCCUACCAAUGAUGACGAGAUAUUGUCCGAGAAGGCACCUACCAAGGUCACCAUACUAAAAUUGUCCAAAAAGGCCUACGUUAUGGCAUAAUCUUAUUUAUUAUUUCAGAGGUUUUCUUCUUUCUAGGAUUUUUCUGAGCCUUCUACCACUCUAGUCUAGCUCCAACCCCAGAACUUGGAGGAUGCUGACCCCCCACAGGUAUUUCACCACUAAACCCCUUAGAAGUCCCUCUACUCAAUACCUCUAUCUUACUAGCUUCAGGUGUCUCUAUUACAUGAGCUCAUCAUAGCCUUAUGGAAGGCAACCGAAAACAAAUACUUCAAGCUUUAACAAUUACAAUUGCCCUAGGUCUUUAUUUUACUGCCCUACAAGCCAUAGAAUAUUAUGAAGCUUCCUUCACUAUCUCAGAUGGUGUUUAUGGCUCGACUUUCUUUGUAGCUACAGGCUUUCACGGUCUUCACGUUAUUAUUGGAACUACUUUCCUAAUCACCUGUCUUGUACGCCAAACCUUGUAUCACUUCACAUCAAAUCACCACUUCGGCUUUGAGGCAGCAGCAUGAUAUUGACAUUUUGUCGACGUUGUAUGACUCUUCUUAUACGUUUCAAUUUAUUGAUGAGGCUCAU